GAUAGGCUCUUAGUAUGAAGUGACAGCAUCGGUGGCGCAAUUGUAAACUGACAUAACCUAUUAUAAACGAGGCAUUGUCCAUUCGUUUAGAGGUUAUAAAAUCAUUCAGAGAAAUAGAGAUGUUGGAACCAAUUUUAGUAGAAGACUGUACAUAUAUGAAACUGGUUCCAUCAUUGGAAAGAAUAUUAAACGAUUUGAACGAAAAUUCUACGCAUCACGAUUAUAUGGUUGCUUUGGUAAUAGUAUUAUUAGCAGAGGCUGGUUUUUACUUGUCAUCGACAAAUAAUGACCAUUCACGUCCAAAACUAAGAUUUCUCCAUGUACCAAAAGAUUGGAAAUCACUAGACACGGGAGUGUAUGAGAUGUAUUUUCAACUAGAAACUGUACCUGAUAUAAAAUGCAAACUAGUUGCAGUCCCUCUAGGAGAUACGUUGAUUUUGAACUUUUUCCCUCUCAUAGAUGGAAAAACUACUUAUAAUAUAAAUGUACAAACUCUAAAGUUUAAGGAGGAAUUGUCAACACCAGUGCGUUCAGAUGUAUUGCAAAAAGCUGGUGUGAUGGGUCCUAGUCUUCAAGCUUUGCCAACUGAGUUGAAACUUAGAAUUUUAAGAUUGCUAGAUGUCUAUAGUUUAACAAGAAUGGCACAAUGUUGUUCAGAAUUCCGUGAACUCUGUUCAGAUGCUCAAUUGUGGAGGAACAUAAUGCACAGAGAUUUCCCAGAUUCGUGCACAAUAGGAAAUAACACAGACUGUUGUCACCGUUUCAUAUACAACAACAGAAGUUAUAUAAUUUAUGUACAUAACAACAAAAAAAAUUACGUAUUUCACGUAUGAAACUGACAAUGCAUAACGAUGGUGCAAAAUAUUUUCUUAUUUAGUAUCUUUUGUAUUUAACUACUGUAUUUUGUAAAAUAUAUUUGUAAAAAAUUUAUAUUGUUAUAAAUAUGUAAAAAUGACACUGUGUUUAUUAGUUCAGUUUUAUUUAUUUUAUUAUCAGUAUAAUAAUUUGAUAAUAUUUAGUUUUAUUUGUAUAAUAAUUUGAUAAUAUUCGAAUCUUCACAUAUGUAUGUUGUGCUUAAUUGGUGUCUCGAGUGUCUUGAAUAUACCGUUGUUUAAGUAUAAAUUCAGAAUUUCUAGACUAUCAUUAAACCAUUACUGCAAUGAAUUAAUUUCCGGUAUAUAUCGUAAAAGCGUAAUUAAAGUUAAAAGGUUUUAUUUGAAUUUUCCAUCAAAUAAAAUGGAAUUAGUCUUUUAGCUGAUUAAGCGUACGAUGUUUCUUUUUCUUCUUUUAGUUAAGAAAGCAUUGAAUAAUAAUCUUUUUUCAUUUAUGAUAGUAUGAAAGCUUCAUCGAUACGACUUCGUUGGAUACGUAUAGUUCAUUUCUUCAUUUCAUUUUAAUUCAUGAAAAUUUAAAUCCUUUUUUCCCACAGAUUAUGUCAUGGCGGAAAGAAAAAUUUAUGCGAAAUAGAUAAGAAAAUAUUUAAAACCUCGUCUGCACUAUUACUCGAGUGGAAUUAUUUACAAAUUUCUUGAAAUGAAAAUUUUCAAAGACGCGUGUAGAUUUUAUUUGGAGUUUCUAUUUUUAAACAGAAUUAAUUUGUUCCAUUUAGAAAUAGAAGCUCUUUCGAGACCGGUGUCUGAUCAGUAAUCUAUCCAGAGGAACAUUUUUUUAUCGUGUAUUUCGUUUCGUCGCAUGACGUACCCGCUAAUUUAAAAGGGUUUAAAUUAAUUUCUUGAAACUAUUUAAUCGCAUUUUUUACGCCCAUAAAUUUUCUUUUCAGCGGACGAGGUAACGAAGCCACCGGCGAGCAACGAUAACACACAAAACGAGGAAACGACGACACAGAGCAACGGUGAUACCGGUGAGUGA